CAGUACACACACACACACACACACACAGAGCGUCUUAUCGUAGCAGAGAGGUUUGGAUGCUACGUGAAGUGUGUUUCAAGAAACUUGUGUUAUCAGCAGGAACACAAAACCACAGGGAGAUAGACCCACACCCCUAAACGGUGUAAGGUGGUGGAUGUCGGUUAUCGUGAUGUAACAUCCUAUUUUCAUCCCUCUGGGCCUAAUCUGCUGACUGCCGGCUGUGUCAUCUCCUUUGGGUUUCAUUUAGGAGCUCUAUAGUGAGGCAAACACCUCGUCUGUGUCACUGUUGACUUAAAAGAAGAGGUGCUUUCUUGUCUUUCUUAUGAAACACUGCUUUUGUGGAGUUCUGUGAUCAGGAAAACUCAGGCUCAUCAAUGACUCCUGGCUGACUGACAGCACUGGGAUCCUACCUUUCUGACAGAGGAUUGGUUACUGCAAGAUGAGUCUGAAACCUCAAGAACUGGUUAGUGUUGUGACAUCCCGGCUAAGUGACAAUCCCUCCUCUUUGGGUGAGAUGGACUUUUGAUCAGUGAGUGAGUGAGUGCUGCGUGUCCACAUCUCGUUUGGUGAAAAAGGAAAGUUAACUAUCUGAUGAAUCCACCUGUGAGAUGAUGAAUCGCUACACCACCCUGAAGCAGCUGGGUGACGGCACCUACGGCAGCGUGCUGAUGGGGAGAAGCAACGAGUCUGGAGAACUGGUGGCUAUCAAGAGAAUGAAGAGGAAGUUUUAUUCAUGGGAGGAGUGUAUGAACCUAAGAGAGGUGAAGUCACUGAAGAAGCUGAACCACGCUAACGUGGUGAAACUGAAGGAGGUCAUCAGAGAGAACGACCACCUCUACUUUGUCUUUGAGUACAUGAAGGAGAACCUCUACCAGCUAAUGAAGGACAGAAAAAAGUUGUUCCCUGAGUCAGUGAUCAGAAACAUAAGCUUUCAGAUUUUACAAGGCCUGGCCUUUAUUCACAAAUAUGGUUUCUUUCAUCGAGACAUGAAGCCAGAGAAUCUGCUGUGCAUGGGUCCAGAACUGGUGAAGAUAGCAGAUUUUGGACUGGCCAGAGAGAUCCGCUCUAAACCUCCGUACACAGACUACGUGUCAACGAGAUGGUACCGAGCGCCAGAGGUUCUGCUCAGGUCCUCUACCUACAGCUCUCCUAUUGACCUGUGGGCUGUGGGCUGCAUCAUGGCAGAACUGUACACUCUCAGACCUCUCUUCCCUGGGAACAGUGAGGUGGAUGAGAUCUUCAAGAUCUGCCAAGUCUUAGGCACUGUCAAGAAGGCGGAUUGGCCGGAGGGCUACCAGCUGGCUUCUGCUAUGAACUUUCGGUUUCCCCAGUGUGUGCCGACCCCUCUGAAGACCCUCAUCCCAAACGCCAGCAAUGAGGCCAUCACUCUGAUGAAGGACAUGCUGCAGUGGGACCCAAAGAAGAGACCAACUGCUGUUCAGGCCCUGCGGUAUCCGUACUUUCAAGUAGGACAAAUUUUAGGACCUCGCCCUCAGAGUCAGGACAUCAAGAAGGUGCAGGCCAAGGUGCAGGCUCAGAGGCAGGUAUCAGAGUCCAAGACUGACCCCGUACAGUCCACGUCUGAGUCCAAAGCCUCUACAUCCUCCUCCAGAAACCAUCAGCAGCAUCAUCAGCCUCUUCAGCAGAUCCCUCUUCCUCAAACUGAGUGUAUACCUGGAGGUCUCAGCCAUUCAAAAACAGCAUCGUUAGGCAGUGAGAACAGCAUCAGUGGUGGUGGAGGGGGCGGAGUGCUGAAGAGUGGCCGGCGUCGCUGGGGCCAGACGAUGGCCAAGACCUCAGACAGCUGGGAAGAGUCUGACCCUUCAGAAACUUCUGCCUCCAACUCCAAGAAACCCAGCCUGGGGAACGCAGAGGAGGAGAGGGGCCCGAUGGAGCACCGCCCACAGCCUAAGGAACAGAAACCUCUGUUUUCCUACAGCACAGUGACUAAACUACCCAACAACAUCAAAACCAGCCACAUGGACUCCAAUCUUCCAGGAUCGGCUGCACGGCAGCACUAUCUAAGCCAGUCCCGAUACUUACCUGGUUUGAUCAGCAAGAAUCAGAACUCCUCUGGAGAGAAAGAGAUGGGUGGGAUGACACUGAGGGACCUGUGGGAGAACUCCUCAAACACUGGCAGUAAACCACUGGCUCCUAUUGGGGCCCGAGUCAACGCAGAGGACAGUGCCUCUGGAUCUGUGGAUAGCCCACAAGAGAAAAGUGUUAUUAAGGAAAGAAUACUUGAGAAAAUCGAUCUCUCCAAAGGGAACUUUGUAAGCACCAAAUACAACCUCUCCGGAGGUUAUAUCCCAUCGUUCCAAAAGAAAGAAGUGGGCUCAGUGGGACAGAGGAUCCAGCUCGCUCCUUUGGGUGGACAGCACCCGAAUUUUGAGGGCUGGAAGAGGAGAGCAGACCGGACUCACAUGAAGGGGAGCAGCUACUCAGCUCUGGGGAAAAACUCUGGAAGCAUCCUGAGCAGAGCUCCAGCUGUCCAGCCGGUCCAUGGCAGGGUGGACUGGACCUCCAAGUAUGGCGGGAACCGAUAGAUCCGAAAAAAUGAGGGACAGCUUCUGCUAAAUGUUGAAGUAUGAGGUUAACCAGAAGUCUUACACCCAUGGAGGAAACUCUGGAUGUAGACUUCUGCAUGGUCCUCGAUACAAAUGACAUUUUCAGGAAAUCAUAUACUGAUGUAGAAGAUAGAUGAUAGGACGUAGUGUCACUAAAGGAGUACAGGACACGGUGGUUUGAUGUGUUUCCAGAGAGCCUGAAACAUGUUCAGUGGGUUCCCCUGGAGGUGACGGUUGCCAUGAUGCUGAAGACUGAUACUGUCUGCAAGACAAUCCCACUGUUUCCCGAAGGAUCAGUGUAGGGCCAAUCCUCCUGUUAGUGUCCAGAUGUUCUGAGUAGAAGUUAAAUGUAAUGUAAAGGUCUUCAUUUUGUACUUAAGUUCUUAUGGUUAAGUAUUAUUUCAUGCCUGAUUACAAAACAUAAACAGCCAUUUAUUUACACUUUCUAAGAGAUGAUGUUUCCUCUCAGAGAAUCUUCUUUGUGAUGUUAGAGAAGCUGGAACUUAUUCUGCACUUCUUUGUGUCAUGCAGUAAACUAACUGAUCAUUUUGUAAAGCUUUUGUACAAAUAAAGAUUACAAUAAA